AUGACGACCACCGUUGAGCUUGCGACUGUUCCGUCGGCCGAUACGCCAGGCACAUGCAUCUACCUACACCAUGACCGAAGGACGUACAUCUUGGGCCAGGUGGCGGAGGGUACGCAGCGAGCAUUUGGUAGCCGAAAGAUACACCUGGGAGGGACCGAGCACGUCUUUCUCAGUGGGAGUGUUGGAUGGGAUCAAAUGGGCGGCCUGUUGGGUUACCUGCUCAGCGUUGGCGGCGCAAUUGAGGCAGCCAAGGAGGCGACAAUCACAGAGAAUGUGAAGAGGAAAGAAAAAGGGCAGAAGCCGCUGAAUCAAGCGGUUCAUGAAGGCAUCAGUGUACAUGGCGGAGACAACCUCUGUCAUAUACUAGCUUCUUGCCGACCAGUCAUCUUCCGACAACCUAUCAAGGUGCGACCCAUUGAGUCCAGAGACGAUCCUAGAAGUGCCGACCCUGCCAGAAUAGAGCCAGACUGGACGGAUGAUGCUGUUCGGGUGUGGAAAGUGCCCGUCAGAAGAGCUCGUUCGAUUAGUCCACCGAAGCGGCGCCACGAGGAAAUGUCAAACAGACAUGAACAGACACAGACACAGACAGAAGACGGAUCUCCGAAAGGACGAUCUCCCAUUUCAGACCCUGAAGUUGCUGCCAGGAUUGUGGAACGAGUCAUGUUUAGUGGCAGCCUCAUCAAUGGAUCAGUCUUGCCACGCCGCUGGAUUCGCGAUCUCAAGCCGACUGAUAAAGCCGUCAUUGUCGACGGCAGUACCAUGAAACCUUACAAGGGACCAUUUGCGUCUGAUGGUGCUGAGCUCUCAAAUCCUUAUGAAAAGGCAUGGGUGUUUCUAGAACCUGGUGACAGCAUUGGGAAUGAAAAUGAUGAAAGCGGCCUUGCCGUCAAUCAUAUCCCUCUUCCAAAAACUGCCUACGGCGACACAUCAAUGUCUUACAUUAUCAAGUGUCACGAUCGAAGAGGCAAAUUCAACGCAGCCGCGGCAAAAGAAUAUGGCGUCAACGUCAAAGAUUUCAAGCUGCUUACCAGCGGGCAGUCGGUGGAAGGAAAAGACGGCAAGGUAGUCACACCUGAGAUGGUCCUUGGCGAGCCUCAGCCUGGCAAGGGCAUAGUGGUUGCAGACAUUGCCACGCCCGAUUUUCUCGACUCAUUCAUGGCACGACCAGAGUGGGAGUCUCCAGAACUGAUGAAGCAUGUUUGUGCAAUGUACUGGAUACUUGGUGAAGGCAUGGCUUCUGAUGCCCAGAUCCAACAGUUCACAGAGAAGCACUCCCACAUUAAGCACAUUUUCUGUGCCAAAGACACAUGUCCUGACAUGAUUACUCACCCUGGUGCCGCGGAAAUUCAAACCAAACUACGGCAGAUCGAUCCCGAGCGAUUCCCCUUGCCUCAAUUCGACAACACCGUCAGGUUUCCCACGCCACGCGCCGACUCUCCCGUCGAGUUGGGACGCGCUGGCACAAGUUUCCAGCUAAUGCCUCGGGUUGCCUUUGAUGACGAGUCAAUGGCUCAAUUUCCGGAUUUGCUGGCUGCCGCAAAAUCGGUAGACAAAGACCUGAUUUCUUUGGCUGAUGAAGCCAAAGCAGAGGCUACAAAUGCCGAUUUCCUCGCUCGAGUUGAACAAAGCGAAACAGACAUUCCCAAUAGGGAUGCCGAGAUUAUUCCCCUGGGAACAGGUUCAUCCAUGCCGAGCAAGCAUCGAAACGUCUCGGCAACACUCAUCCGAGUCCCCGGAAUAGGGAACUACCUCCUUGACUGUGGUGAGGGCACACUCGGCCAAAUACGCCGCGCCUUUACCGCCUGGGAAACUGCCGACAUCCUUCGCAAUCUCAAAUGCAUCGUUAUCAGUCACGCCCAUGCUGACCACCACCUGGGUACCGCAUCCCUCAUCAAAGCUUGGUAUGAACAAUCGCUUCGCGACGGCACCCAGGACACCCUCGCUAUAUCCUGCAUCGGCCGCUACCGAAUGAUGCUCGAGGAACUCUCGCAAGUCGAAGAUCUCGGCUUCCACCGCCUUCGAUUCCCUAGCUGUCCCUCCCCGGAUGAGCAAGACCGCGACAUGACCACUGCAGAGGACCUUGGCGAAGAAAACUUUGGUCUCCGGUCUAUCAAACGUAUCCCCGUCCCGCACUGCUGGCGCUCAUACGGCACACAGCUCGAACUGACGUCUGGCUUGCGAAUUGCCUACUCUGGCGACUGUCGACCAUCGAGCGCGUUUGCCCAGGGAUGCAAGGGAGCACACCUGCUCAUUCACGAGUGUACCUUUGGUGACGAUAAGCAGGACCAUGCAAAGGCCAAGAAGCACUCUACAAUGGGAGAGGCGCUUGGCGUGGCGAGAGAGAUGGAAGCGAGGAGAACGCUGUUGACGCAUUUUUCUCAGCGCUAUGCAAAGUCAGAUUCGCUGAGGGCGAAGGCAGUGGAAGGCGAGGAGCAGGAUGUGUUGCUGGCGUUUGAUCUGAUGAGGGUUAAGCUGGGGGACUUUCAGAAGGCGGCUUGUUAUCUUCCUGCUGUGGGGAAGUUGAUGGAGAGCUUGGAUAAGAAGGGGUUGGAUAGACUUGAAGAUACCACUCAAUAG